AGAAAAAAUACACGCAACACCACAACCCCUCUCUGUUCUUCUCGUUCAACAACCGCUCCUCUCUUUUUCCUCUGAGAACAUACGUUGUGGCUGAAAGCCGUUCAAAAACAUUAACAAUCCAUACAAAACAUCAAAUCUUUUAACAAGAGCGUUACGAGGUAGCAACCAUCUUCAUCAAACGUGAAAAACUUCCCAACAACAAGAACAAUAGUUUUUUUUAUUUAUUACUUCAUCAUAUAAAAAUGUCUUCAAUCCACCUUACAAGAUUGAAUCCACCACCAUCCACAGCUUCAGAUAUUCUAUUCUUGGGCUUUAAUCAAGACAAUAGCUGCAUGGCAGCAGGUGUAUCCAACGGUUUUCGUAUAUAUAAUUGCGAUCCAUACAAGGAAACCUUCAAGAGAGAAUUUUCUGGUUCUAUCGGUAUGGUAGAAAUGCUUUUCCGUUGCAAUAUUCUUGCCAUUGUAGGUGGAGGCACUGAACCAGCUUUUAAUAAGAACAAGGUUAUUCUCUGGGAUGAUAAUCAAUCUGCUCCUAUUGGAGAAUUAACAUUUAAAUCAGAAGUGAAAGCAGUCAAAUUACGAAGAGACAAGAUUGUUGUCGUCCUCGAUAAGUAUGUCUACGUAUACAACUUUGAUAAGUUGGAGAGAAUUAGAAAGUUUGAAACUUACAAGAAUCCAAAAGGUCUUGUGGCCUUGAGUCCUUCUGAUGAUUGUGUGUUAGCCUUCCCAAAUACUACCAAGGGUACUGUUCGUGUUGAAUUACUCGAUCAAGAUAACUCUAUCAUUAUCCCAGCCCACGAUGGUGUCAUUAACUGUAUAGCAUUAAAUUCCGAUGGUACGAGACUUGCUACUGCCUCAGAAAAGGGUACAUUGAUCCGUAUCUUUGACACUAAGAAGGGAACCAAAUUACAAGAAGUGAGACGUGGUGCUGAUAAGGCUGAUAUUUAUUCUAUUUCAUUCUCUCCAGACUCUCUAUUCUUCUGUGCUUCCAGUGACAAGGGAACUAUUCACAUUUUUGCCAAUAAUACUGGAACAGGUGCCAACUACCAAGUCAAUCCAUCUAACAUUAACAAUAAUAACCAACCAACACAACAAAAUUCUAUCCAACAACAACCUACCACCAGUACACCAACAGGCUCAUCCCCAGACCAAAUUACAAAUCGUAAAUCGAAAAUGUCAUUCUUUGGAGGAUAUUUUGGGUCCGAAUGGUCUCAUUCUUGGUACAAAGGUCCUGAGUGUCCUUCUAUAGUUUGUUUUGGCCUUGAUAGCCGUUCUAUCAUUGUUUUCACUGCUGAAGGUUCAUAUAUCAAGUUAGUUUUUGAUCCAAAGAAGGGAGGAGAAUGUCAAAGAAAAUCUUUUGCUCGGUAUGCCAAGCCAAACAAGAAUCACUAAGUUACUGCUGGGGGGUUCCCCACUCGAUCGAAUAAACCACUUUCGAUUCUUUUGUAC